UGUCAGAAUGGCGCUCAUUAAGUAUUUAUUAACAGUUCCCCGCCUCUCGUUUCCACACUUGAGGGAUCGCAUGUUAGUACGAAGCCCACACGCCUCUCGCUUCCUCUUGGAGGGGCUGGAGGAGCGGACUGCGAAAUCUACGAGUUUGCAUUUCGAUCCAGCAAAACAGAACGUAAAGACCAUGGCAGGCAGACCUGGAGUAGCGAUGCUUUCUCCGGAGGAAGACUUUAACGUCAACAAACUUCGAACAGCACAGCAGAAGAACAAGAAGAAGAACAUCGUUUUCCCAACGACAGGGACACCUAGAACGGAGAUUCAGCCGGGCAACUUCGUGUACGAUUUGAGACCAAUGUUUCAACUACAAAAACUUACGGGGCAUUUUCCACUUCAUACGAACGACGCAGGUGACGUGGAAUUCAGGCUGUUCAGUUUCCUGACGCUCUACACCGCGCUAAUCCAGGGGAUCAUGCUGACUGGGGGAGCACUAAUAUGGAGACACAGGAUUGAUUACCUCAUGAGGGAGGGACCGGACUUCGCGCAGGCGAUCAUCGAGGCCACUUUCCUUGGAGCGUUUACGCCUCUUUUCCUGUCGCCAUUUGUCCAGUUACCAGAAUCUGGAAAGACAGCCAAAUACGUCUCUUCUUGGGCAGAUUACCAGAGACAGUACGAGGCUGUGGUAGGCAGACCACUCGACCUGAACCUGAGACGAUCGGUGACUCUGAGAAUUGCCUUCAUAAUCCUCGUCUGCUCUGGGAUAACGUCGUUCCCCUAUGUGACGCUAAAAGAGAUCAGAGCCUGGUUUGCUCUACCGUUCUUCUACUGUCUGUGUUCCUGCGUCCUGAACACUGGCAUGUGGCACAUAAAUGGUCGGGCGCUGGUUACAGCUGCCAGGACUCUCAUGGAGCAGAUAGAACGACUUUUAACCACGUGUGAAUUCAACUGCGAGGACAAGAUUGCCGAAUACAGAAUGUUGUGGUUAAAACUGAGCAAGUUGACGCAGGACAUGGGCAGCUCCAUGGGCCUCACGUUCGGAACCCAGGUGAUCGCCUACUUCGUGGAACAGGUCCUUGCCGUGUACGGGCUUCUGUCUAAUCUGCAAGAGGGCUUCGUCAUGAACAACGUCGUGUUCGUAUCUUGCGGCUUAACGUUCUCUUGGCUUCUGUACGUCACUUGCAACACAGCUCAGAACGCCACUGAAGAGGUGGGAAUAAACAUGCAAGAACGGCUUCAGAAACUGUUUCACAAGAUACCGCGACACUUCGCUGACAGCAGACAAGAGGUGCGGUUUUUCAUUCAAACCAUUGUCGAAAACCCCCCUAAAAUCAACUUCUGCGGAUUCGUCUUAGUAAACAGAGGAUUACAGACGUCGAGGACAGCGAAAUAUUCCGGUCGGGGCUACGGCACUUCUGAGCACAGGCCAUCAAGUCAGGCGACCAAGGUGUUCUCCUACUUGUUGCAAAACUUGCAGCCAGCGGCAAUGACAACGUCUGCAUGGGAAGACAAACAGGAAGCCUCUACGUUCUACGAAGAAAUUAAACCCGUCAUGAUUCUGCUCAGAAUAUUAGGUGUUCUACCCUACAGCACGACUUCAACAGGCGCCGUCCACUUUAAGUGGCUGUCUGCAGCCAUGUUGUAUUCAAUCGGGUUCGUCGGUUCGAUAUCGACAUGUGUCGGCUUCACUUUGAUGGGCGGAUUCGCCUUUAACACCGAUUCGAAAGACUCCUUUUCCGAGAAAACUAUUGUAUUUGCAGCAAGACUGUUCAUCUCGUCUGUGUUCAUUGUACCGAUAAAUCACUGGCCGGAGACUGGUAAGAAGAUGAGGUUCAUCAACAGCUGGACGGAGCUUCAGACAGAAUACCGGAAAAUAACAGGAAGGCGUCUGCACCUGGAGUUACGAAGAAAAGUGAUUGUCUGUCUGUCUGUCAGCGCAGUACUCAUUCCUACAUUCAGUUUGAUGGUCUACUUUACUGGCAUUAUGCUGUACUGGUGGCAAAUCUUCGGCUUCAUAUUCGCCUUUGCCAUCACCAUGAUCCUGCCCUUCAUCUGGGUAUUCACGUGCACAGCAAUCACCAAAGUCGCCAGGGAUCUGGCAGACGAAAUCGAGCAACACCUCCCACGAGGUUUCGUGACCGUGGGCAAGAUUUCCAGUUACAGCAAGUUUUGGCUGCGUCUCCGGAAGCUGAUGCAAGACCUCGGAAGCUCCAGUGGCUUCACAUAUGGCGGACAGAUACUCAUUUACUUCGCCAUGAGCGUCCUUCUCAGCUACGGCUUUAUGGUCGACCUGGGGGACAAUUACAACUACGCCGCUGUCUCCUCGGCCUUGCUGUUUCAAAUCGUCAUCUUUGUGCAGUGCAAUUCCGCACAGGAGGCUACCAACGAGGUGGGUACCAAAUUCUCCGAACGUCUACAGUCAAUCACGAACGACCUGCCAGUCACAUGUACUGAACAAAUAAAGGAGAUGAGAUAUUUCUUAUCUGUAAUUGGACGAAACCCUCCGACGAUAAGUUUCUCCGGAUUUGUCGACGUGAACAGAGGACUGGUCACUUCUUUCAUUUCAGCCAUGGCGACGUAUCUGGUGGUUCUUGUGCAGUUCCAAAUGAGUGACAAGUCUUCAGAACAGAACGACAUCAACGCCUGACGUGACCCAUCACAGAUCUUCCUUCGCCUCAGGACGUAAUUACUCUUCGCAGGCAUUUACGAACCACGUUUAGAAAUUUAAUGAAUAUCAACACCUAAAUAUCGUCAUAUAACCAUGUUCCACCUUAAUAACUCUUUACAGCCAUAGAAUCGCUACGAAUGAUGGGUAAAAGUAUUACUUAUUUCCUCUAGAAUACAGAAACACAAACACAUUAUUACACGCUGUAAUUACCAGUCGUAAUUCCACAAUUACAUGAAAUGACAUUGCAAAUUUGUACUCUUUUGAGUACGAUAAAAAGGGCAUGGGUGUUCUUUACACUAAGAGUGGUAACCAAGAUCGUUGCUGUAACAAUGUUAUUCAAGACUCGAAUGUGUUCUCCACAUUCUUAUGGGCUCGAUGUAUUGAUAUGGGAAUAACGAAGGUGCUGAUACGUCCUGACAGGGCAGCAAAAUAUAACCUUUGAACUAUGAAAUGUGUUACGUCAGAGGCCAGUAAUUUUAAUGAUUCAUCAGUAACCAAGACAUCAGCACUGUACUUGACACAAUAAACUUAAUUA